CGCGGUCACCGCCGAGCGGGCCGCCGGGCCGGGACCUGGACCUGCGCGAGUGUGCACCGGCGGCCGGGCUGGCGCCGAGCCCAGAGCGGACCAGCAGCAGCUCGAGCGCUGCGGCCGCCGCCUCCCCGCUGACCCCGCGAUGGAAGAAGAGGUGGACAAAGAAUGACCUGGAGCCCCUUGUUAGAGUCAAGGUGCCGCUGAUUUCGUAGCUACCCUGUUUUGUGUGUCAGCACCUCCUGUUAGCAUCAUAAUUGCUUCGAGGAAAGAACAAGCCCAACUCAUCUGGAAAAACCAAAUUGUAUAGAAAUGUCUGGUAACUUUAAUAUGAACAUUUGCUGGAAAAGCUUGACAUUCUAGCCCUCAGUCUUCUGGGGAGGCUGGAUGUGUCAUUCCACUGCAUCCACCUGGGUCACAGAACAGACAUGCAGGAGCCUGAGAAUGAGGGGUUAGGGCUUUAUUAUUAUUAUUUUUUAAUCUUUUAAACCCAUGCAGAGACCAAAACACACUCUGACACCUGCCUUUGAAUCCAUCACCUCCGAUCGUAGAAAAUAAAUUUUGCCAUAAUGUAUAUCUUUGUCUUUAUUCAAUAUUAAUAGAACAUGAGUUUGUGGACUUGAACUGCUGAGGUCCGUAGCUGAAUUAUAAUGUAAAUUUCAUCGUAUAGAGAAUUAUGACAGUUUAGAUCUCUACAUGUAAUAUGAAGAAAGAUUCGUGUUAAGCAUUUGUGCUUACCGCUGCACGGUCCAAUUUUUCGUGAACAUUGAAUUUGCCUUCUUAAUUUGUUAACAGCUAGUGUAAGUUCUAAAUAGACUAGGAAGACUCAAUUGCAAAAUCUCCUCCCUGCUUCCAAAUAAUCCCAGCUCAUUCAUGACUUAUUCAGAUUUACAUAAAUCACUUGCAGAACUCAGUCUCUCUAGUUUAGGAUUUUGUGUGUGACAGUUCUCAAUUUAAAAAAGAAAAACUUUCUAAAAUUAGAUAUUAAAAUAGAGAUAUUGUAGAACAAAAAAAUAGCCAAGAUAAAAACUGUUAUGCCAUGUUUCAAGUUCAAAUGCAUAAUAGGAUCUCAUAUGGUGGAAAUAAUACUAACAAAUAGAAACACUGAAAUCCCCAGCAACCAAAAAAGCUACUACCAAAAAGCCAUUAAAAUAUAAACAAACUCUGAAGAACAUAAAACAGCACAGGGCCCAUAUAAUGUCCUAUUAAACAAAAGUAAUUGCUGCAAAUGCUUUUCUUUCUUAAGGGGCAUGAGUUUGUUAACCUGCUUUUGUUUACAUGAAAUAAAAUUCUGCAUAGGCAAAAGGCUUGGGUCUUAUUUCCAUGAUCUAACACGAAAGUGAGUGUAAAACUUCAAGCUGGAAAAUGUUGAUUCUCUCAGUAAGAAAGGGCUACUGACUCUUGAAAAGCCACAAUUCAUGUGCUCUUGGCAACAGCAUUUCCUGAUACGAUUGUCUCUUAGAAUAGGUUAAGAAACUGGACCAUUUCAUGAGAGUCUUCCAGGGAAUAAAUCAUCAUGAAGUUUGAUACCCUACUUGGAUGUGGAGUUUGAGAAGUGCUGAUAGACAGAAGGGCUUAAUUUGUUAAAUUGAUGUAGGCUAAAUUGCUUUGUUGAUGACUCAAAGAUAAAAAUAAAUGACAUGUCCCAUCAUUUCUUUAUAAAGAUUUAAUUGAACCUUUCUUUUCCCCACUUGUAAAAAGGUUUACUAAUAAGUCCUUACUGAUGUCUCUUUGGAGGGCAUCUUAAAAGAGAAGGGGGAGGUGGUUUAGCAGCCCAAAUCAGUUGAGUCCUAAUUCUCUCCACUGACCUGUACACCUUCCCUGUCUGUCAGAAGGUCUUACUUAAUUAUUCAGUGUGGUUGGGACAGAAUUCGAGACCUCAGAGAGAAGACUGGGUGAAAGGUAGAGUCAUUGCUGCCAAGAACUCCUCUUUUAGUCAGAAGGACAUUGUCACUUUAAUGAUGCUAUUUCGCCUUACCCUGCUGUUUCCUCCUUUUCCUUGGAAGUGGACCCUUUUUAUAUCAUGUAGGUAAUAAUAGUCUCUCAUGAGACAAUGAUAGAUUCACUCUUUCCCAAAAGCAUUACCAGCUGUAUCAUUUGGAAAAGAAAGCAAGAAUUGGGCCCUUAGUUUAUAUUUGAAAGACAAUCAAUCUUUAGAAAGUGAGCCUGACAUCACUUGUAUGACAGUUCUUGAAACCACAAAGUGGGAUAGUGGGGGCUUGGGUCUCCUAAAGGGAUUGGCAGUUAACAAGGCACUGAGGCUGCGCUACUGUCACGACUGGUCUAUGGCCCAAGGUCUUUUUACUUUCGUAUCAGACUCUCUUCUCCCUUGAACUUACUCUUGACCCUACCUUGAGACCUGCAUAGGACCAAGUGAAGACACAGAGCCCCCAUGAAAGUGGCCUCACUGCCUGAGCUAUGGAGGGACCCAGGAAGCCUAACAGAGCAGAGAGGCUCCCAUCUCCCUGCAGGCCCAAGGGAGAGAAGGGCGUGAACUGGAGAGAAGGGCAGUAAUGUGUUGCCUCUUGGAAAGUUUCUGCUCUGUGUCUGGGCUUUGCAGUGUAAAGAGUUGUUGGCUGCCUCUGGCCCCAGAGCCUGGCUCCUGUUUAAUAUUCUGCCUGCUCCGUUGAUGUUGUGCUUGGCUCCUGUGGGACUGCAACUCACGGCUUGAAACUGGAGCCAAUUUUCUGUCUUCAUCUCGCAGUGUUUUGACUGGAGGCAGAUCCAGUUCAGGCCGAUCAGGGCUGGUGGAAACAACUACCAAGUGUCUCUCUGUCUGCUUUGCUUUGGGAGAAGAAAGUGGAGGGAGCCCCAGCAUGUUGUAGAGGAACUGGCCUGCGGAAACGAGAGGAGGAGGGUGCAGGGGGCAGCGGAACAGACCAAACCUCAGAGCAUCAGUCGGAAUUACGAUCUGAGGCUGUCAGAGAUGACUCUGGUUCUGUCCAUGAAUAGAUUCUGCGAGCCCAUUGUCUCGGAAGGAGCUGCUGAAAUUGCUGGGUACCAAACACUAUGGGAGGCUGACAGCUACGGAGGCCCAAGCCCUCCAGGGCCAGCACAGGCUCCUUUGCAGGGAGACCGGGGAGCUGGUCCCCCGCUGGCAGGAUCACAUUACAGGGGAAUUUCAAAUCCUAUAACAACAUCCAAGAUCACAUACUUUAAGAGGAAGUAUGUGGAAGAAGAGGAUUUUCACCCACCACUCAGCAGCUGUAGCCAUAAAACCAUCUCAAUUUUUGAGGAACGAGCCCACAUCCUUUAUAUGUCCUUAGAAAAGCUAAAGUUUAUCGAUGAUCCUGAAGUGUAUCUCCGAAGAUCUGUCCUUAUAAACAAUUUGAUGAAAAGGAUCCAUGGAGAAAUUAUCAUGCAGAAUAACUGGUGCUUCCCUGCCUGCUCUUUCAAUGGCACCUCCGCCCAAGAGUGGUUUAUGGCUCAGGACUGCCCUUACCGAAAACGACCACGGAUGGCCAAAGAGGAAUGUGACAAGUUUCAUGCCUGCUGCUUUUACCAAGAAUGUGGUGGCCACUACCUAAAUUUGCCCCUUUCUGUCAAUGCUAAUGUCGGAAGUGCCUCCACUGCUGCCUCUUCUCCCUCCACCUAUUCCUCCUCCUCACCCUCCUCUUCCUCUCCCUCUUUGCCUUUACCCAGUUGUUCCCACCAGGUGGAUUUCGAUGUAGGCAGUCCAUCUGUUUACAAGAGUGAUGGCCAGAUACCUGCCAACGAAAUCUUUGUCACUAAUGUCAGAUCACUUGGCGUUCAGGAAAAGGCCAAAUUAAAUGAUGAGAAAGCAAAUAAUGACACCAACAGAGAUGGUGGCCCCCUCAGCCAUGAACCUAUGGGAAAUGACCUUGCUUUUGAGUGCAAGGGCCAAUUUUACGAUUAUUUUGAGACUGGAUAUAAUGAAAGAAACAAUGUAAAUGAAUCUUGGAAAAAGUCCUUACGGAAAAAGGAGGCUUCACCACCAAGUAACAAACUGUGCUGCAGCAAAGGGAGUAAAAUAUGAGCCAUCUUCUCACCGAACUUUGAAGCAUGCACAGCAUGAUCAGUUAGCGCUCAUGAAUUUUAUUUUGAAUGGAUUUUGUAGUUUUGUACAACUGAUAAAAUUAUGCCAUGAACAUGCCAUGUCGUUUUAAUGCCUGGAGAGCAGAUUGCAUAAAAUAUCUGUAUAGUAGGCAUCAACGAGCUUCUUACAAAUGUGGUGAUUUUUACCAAGAAAACAGUUGAACUGAAUGCUUAAAAGUAUAUCAUAGUUUUCUUACAGAAAAGAUCAGUAGAUUAGAUUAGGGGACAACGUGCCCUUGCAAUAUAUUUCCAUUGCCCCCCAAGGAGCCUGUCACUAGCUAAGAAAUUUCAACAUGUUUGCCAAUUAAUUAGGGGGUUACUUGGUAAGCAAAUCAAUAUAACCAGCAAAGUUAUCUGCUUCUAUGUGAUACAAUAUUUUUUUUAAUAAAAGACUGAAAACAGGGAGCUAGAUGAAAUGGCUUCAUGGUGCUGUUAAGUAUUCGUACCUAACAGUCUUGUGUGACAGAUGAAAAUAGCAUGUAACAUAAUGAAACACACCUGUCUAGGGGCGGCAAUCAGCAGUCUUACACAGAGAGGGAAGUCCCUGCAAGUUCCUAGCUUGCCUGUGAUGGGCGAUGAGGCUUUUAGAGAGGUGUUAUACAGGGCGAAUUUUGGUGCCUUACUUUAUCUUAAUUUUUGCCCAUGUGAAAAUUAAGGAUAAAUCAGAGUUACAGCAGGGAUUUAACAAACAGGAGGAAAAAAAAACACAGGGUGGAUCAAUAUGGUUUGGAAACUCAACUUUGAACUAUUGUGUUCAACUUUUGAUUCGACAUCUCUAUUCUUCCUUUAUUUUUGAUGCCCAAUUGCUUUUGGAUUUGGCAUUUUUUCAGUAGGGAUGGAGGAAAUGAGGGAGAGCUGUUAGCAAGCAGCACUGGCUGCUCCAGCUUUUCUCUGGCAACUGUCUGUUGCUGGGGUUUGGGUUUUCUGGGUUUUGGGUUGUUCUGUUUUGUUUUCUUGUCCAAUGAAGUUCACGAACCAGUGGCAUGCAUUAUACUUUUCUCUGUUUUGCAUCAUUUCACUCGUUUAGAUUAUAAAAGCAUGUGGGUUUUUAUGUAUGAACUUUGCUGUUGAUUAAGAAGCACAAUGUUAAUAAAUGAUGUGGUGAUCAAUAAGGUUUUUCUUAAAGAAUGUAAAGACUUUAGUUUUUGGAAAGUUAUUUUGGAGAAAUGGGACUUAAUCUAUAAUUGUUACUAUGUAUUCGGUCUACAUUUUCCAAAUAAUAUCUUUAAUUUGUACAUUUGAAAAGUGUUCAGAGUGGCUCUCCUGCCAUCCUUCCUUCCACUCCAGUCAGCUCUUCCUGCUAAACUGUAUUCCACUUUCCAAGUUUGCUAAUUGACUUGGGCCUCUUUAAACAAUACUUCACAGAAACCAAAUGCCAAAUGGAGGAAAUAAGUGAGCCCUCCCAGCUUCUCCAAGAUAAAGCUUUUUUUAUUAUUGCUAUUAAUAUUAAAUAUAGGUCUCAUUCAUACAGUGUAUGAGUAGGAUCACUUGGACAAUUGUCCACAAGGACCAAUUUUUAAAACAUUUUCUUGCGUUAUAGCUAAAUAGUCUAGUAAUGUUUUGUCCUUUAUUUUCAAUAUUUGAUAAACAUUUGAUGUUCAAAACUUAGAUAAUAGAUGCUUGUAUAUGGACGUGUUGUAAUAAAGUGAGGUUCUCUUGAUAUAUAUUUAUUAAAAUGAUAAAAAUUCA